GGAAAAAUAGGAAGAAAUCCACGUAGCCUGUCUUGCAUCGUAAUAGUACAUUCGUACGCUGUUCUCAAUGUGUCCGUUUGAUUAAAGAAAAGCUGUCUUUAUUUAAGGAACACGGGCGUUCAUAGUGGCGGGGUAAGGCGGAGAAAAAACUGGUCCUGUUAGUUGAAAGGAAGAGGACUAAAAAUGGAGCUGGAAGACGGAGUUGUGUACCAGGACGACCCGGGGACAUCAGCGAUGAUGUCUGAGCGGGUGUCGGGCCUGGCCAACUCAAUUUACCGCGAGUUCGAGAGGCUUAUCGGUAAAUACGACGAGGACGUGGUGAAAGAGCUGAUGCCGCUUGUGGUGGCCGUGCUGGAGAACCUGGACUCCGUGUUCGCGGAGAACCAGGAGCACGAAGUGGAGCUGGAGCUGCUGAAGGAGGACAACGAGCAGCUCAUCACCCAGUACGAGCGGGAGAAAGCGCUGAGGAAACACGCAGAGGAGAAGUUCAUCGAAUUUGAAGACACUCAUGAGCAGGAGAAGAAGGACCUGCAGAGCCAUGUGGACCGGAUGGAGUCCCACUCCCGCCAACUGGAGCUCAAAAUCAAGAACUAUGCAGACCAGAUUGGCAGGUUAGAAGAACGAGAGCUGGACCUGAAGAAGGAAUACAACUCCCUCCAUCAGCGGCACACAGAGAUGAUCCAUAAUUACAUGGAGCACGUGGAGAGGAUCAAAAUGCAACAGAUCAGCGAGACCUCCGAGUCGAGCGCAGUCGGCCGAGUCAGGAGAGAGCGACCUCUUUCUUUGGGAAUCUUCCCAUCAUCUGGCGGAGCGUCUCUGCUCAUCCCAGAUCCUCAGGCCAGAGCAGAGACACUGGGCACAGAGAGCUGGAGGUUCACUGACUCAUCGCAGCCUCGCUCCAACACAAGUCUCAAGUUGGACUAUGGUGACCCCCCAAAGGAAAGGGAGGGUAAGAGUGCGCAGGACUCUACUUGGGGGAAUUCACUGGCAGACGACUGCAAGGAUGAGCUAUCAGACUUCACCGGCUCCAAGUCGGCCACACCGAUGUCAACCACUGCCUCGGACAUGGAGAGGGAAGAUGGGAACAGUAAGAGCACAGAGGUGCAAGCUGCUCCAGGGACCAGAAGCAUAUCAGUAGGUCAGCCUGAAAAUGAAGACAGCUCAGAUGUGAAGGACAUCAUUGAGUCCACCCCUGAGCUGGACAUGGAUCUCAUUGGGUACAGACCCUGCAGCACUCCUACUAAAGGCAUUGAAAACAUGGCAUUUGACCGCAAUACAGACUCCCUGUUUGAGGAGCUGUCCUCUGCAGGCACCGGGCUCAUCGGGGACGUGGACGAAGGAGCUGAUCUUUUAGACCUUAGUUUGAUUGGAAUGGGCCGGGAAGUUGAAAAUCUAAUUAUGGAGAAUUCACAACUGCUUGAGACCAAGAACGCCUUGAAUGUGGUGAAUAAAGACUUGAUUCAGAAAGUCGACGAACUGACAAGUGAGAAGGAGAUGUUGGAGGGAGAUCUGGAGGCUUUGCUGCAGGCAAAAUCCAAGCUGGAGGAAAAGAACAAAGAGCUGGAGGAGGAACUCAAAAAAGUACGCCUGGAGAUGGAGGAAGCAAAACAUAAAGCUAACGAAGAAGAAGAGAGUGAUUUACCUACGGCUCAGAAGAAGCGUUUCACCAGAGUGGAGAUGGCCCGAGUGCUGAUGGAGAGGAACCAGUACAAAGAGCGACUUAUGGAGCUGCAGGAAGCUGUGCGGUGGACUGAGAUGAUCAGGGCUUCAAGGGAAAAUCCAACUAUCUCAGAAAAAAAGAAAUCCAGCAUCUGGCAGUUCUUCAGCAGACUGUUUAGCUCCUCCUCCAGUGCCCCUGCCGUAAAGUUUGAAUCCCAGUCCAAUACGAAGUACAGCACUCCGGGCAGCACGGUGAAGAGGAGCAGCACUUUCUCCCAGUUCCCCACGGAGAAGUCCAAGACAUUUGACUUCCUCAAUGAAGAUAAGGAACAGUGCAGUUCUCCAUCACGUAAAGAGCAGAAGAGAAGCCAGUACAGACAGGUCAAGGCUCACGUGCAGAAGGAGGACGGACGAGUCACUGCGCAUGGCUGGAGCCUGCCCAGCAAAUACAAGGUAGCAAACGGUGGACAAGUGGAAAACAAAAUGAACUUACCUGUGCCGGUUUACUUGAGACCUCUGGACCAGAAAGAUGCUUCUAUGAAGCUGUGGUGCGCUGCCGGGGUCAACCUGUCCGGGGGUCGGGCAUUUUCCUCAUCAGAGCUUUCUAAGCAGACAAAGGGUUCUCAGAGCAGCUUGGAUCAGCUGGAGCAGGAGAGUAAGGAUCGGGAAAAAGGGGAGAAAGAGAAGGAGCUGAUUGUUCAGGAUGAGAUGUCCAGUCGUGUGUGGGUGUGCACUAGCACCCACUCCUCCACCAAGGUUAUGGUUCUGGAUGCCACUCAGCCCUCUGACCUGCUCGACAGCUUCUACGCCUGCAACACUCACAUUGUCUGCAUCGCCAGUGUGCCAGGUGUGUUGGAAACUGAUUAUCCAGCAGGUGAAGCUGUACCCCAAGACCUGGAGUCCAGCCAAGGGGAUGCGGCGUCACUGGCUGGCAGCGUGGCCAGUGUAGGCUCAGCAGGCAGCGAUAGCGCCUCUGCAGCCGAGGGCACCACUGCCAUUCCCCAGACAGCUAGUGCAGGUGUUGCCGACCAGCCAGCUGAGCACAGCGCCACCUCAGCCUCUGCUCCCACUGUUGAGUUGUCCAGAGAGACCAGUCCAGCAGAAGAUGGGGUUCCCACAGCGGAAGAGGCAACAGAAGCAACGGAGGCUAAUGCUGGCGUGGGCGAAGAAGGAGAGGAAGAUCAGGGGGCUGACCAAAACCAGCCAGGAAUCUACACGGAGCACGUGUUCACCGACCCACUCGGGGUGGAACCCACUGACUCCUUAGUUGCUGAAUCACAGAGGGGAUCCAGACAGGAUGGGGUGACUUCUCUGGCAGAAGACUCGGACCCAUCAGAGACUGAGGUCCUGAGGAUGAGCAGUGCACUUCCCACCAUGUGGCUCGGUGCUCAGAAUGGGUGUCUGUACGUCCACUCGUCUGUGGCUCGGUGGAGGAAAUGUCUUCAUGCCAUCAAACUGAAAGACUCGAUCCUCAGCAUAGUGCAUGUUAAAGGGAGGGUCCUGGUAGCACUGGCUGAUGGGACAUUAGCAAUUUUCCACAGAGGCAUUGCAGACGGACAGUGGGAUCUAACCAACUACCAUCUGCUGGAUCUGGGCCGGCCCCACCACUCUAUCCGCUGUAUGACCGUAGUCCACGAUAACGUUUGGUGCGGCUACAGAAACAAGAUCUACGUCAUCCAGCCAAAGGCCAUGAGGAUAGAGAAAUCCUUUGACGCUCAUCCUCGGAAGGAGAGCCAGGUACGGCAGCUGGCCUGGGUUGGAGACGGCAUCUGGGUGUCCAUCCGACUGGAUUCAACUCUACGCUUGUUUCACGCCCACACCUACCAGCACCUCCAGGAUGUGGACAUUGAGCCCUAUGUCAGCAAGAUGCUGGGUACAGGUAAAUUGGGUUUCUCAUUUGUGAGAAUCACCGCUCUUGUCGUAUCCUGCAACCGACUGUGGGUGGGUACAGGAAAUGGCGUAAUCAUCUCCAUCCCGCUCUCUGAAGCUAACAGAACAACAGGAACAGUGCCAAAUCGCCCGGGCAGUGCUGUACGGGUCUAUGGUGAUGACAGCUCUGUGACAGACUGUGCAAUGCCAGGCAGCUUUGUGCCAUACUGCUCCAUGGCUCACGCCCAACUAUGUUUCCACGGACACCGGGAUGCUGUCAAGUUUUUUGUGACAGUGCCAGGUCAGGCGAUGCCACCUCCAGGUGGUGCAGAUUCAGGCUCUGAUGACCCUGCAUCUGAAUCCUCUGACACAGCAACUUCUGAGACCAAAACCUACCUGGUCAUCAGUGGAGGGGAAGGCUACAUUGACUUCAGGAUGGGUGAUGAAGUAGGCGAGUUGGAUGGUUUAUCCGAAUCGACAGCCAGCCUGCAGUCGGCGCCUGCCAAGAACGAGCGGAGUCACCUCAUCGUCUGGCAGGUCACGACUUCUCACGAUUGAAAAACUUCAUAGACUCUUGUGUUUAUGCCAGGGGUGCCCACCAACCCCUGCAUGCCAUUCUGGAAGUUUUUAAUUUGUUCUUAAUACCUGAGUAGUUUACUACUUUGUAAAGAAAUCAAAAAGAAAACAAACAAAGAAAAAAAAACAAUUAUUUUUAGUCCAUGUUUUGUAAAUUUUAUUGUUUAUGAAUCUGAAAUAGGUAAAAUGAAGUAUAUGUUAACUUUAAGAAUACGUCCAGGCGUUCCCUUCUGCAUGUUGAAGAAGCUGGUGCACACACAGGGGAAAGGCUACCUUUUAGCACAUCGUGUGGGAUGGGCAGUAUGAUCAGGUAAUUGUCUGUUGCUUUGUAUCUCAAACGUUAAAAAGGCUUUCGUUGUAAACAAAAAAAAGGCACUUACCUGAAGUUGAAGUCAUCUAAAUAAAGAGCAGGCAGUUUUGAGUUAAACUGAAGUAUAUUUUAUAGUAAUCAGACUAUAGCACUACAUGUGUUAACCAGCACCGACGUCUUUCCUGUGUUGAACAUUUUAAGACCUGAGCAUCAAAAACCUGCAAGUUAUAAACGUAUAAAAAGGUAUCGAAUUUCUUGUCACCGGCGAUAUCAGGCUGAUUACUCGACUGUAUUGUUUGUUUGGUAUUAGAGACAUAGCUUGCAGCAAGUGGUGCUCAUUAAACACACUGUUGCAUAUUUAAAUGUGCUUUUAUGCAGGAAAAGCUGUAGGCUACAACAUUGUUUGGGAGUUCGAAUGUUCCACCAGUUGCAACAGGCUGAUGUUUUGUUCUAUGAAUCAUGUCUAAGCACUUUGGGUACUUCAAGGUUUCCUGUGGUUAGAAGAACUAGUUUACUGUAGGUUAGCAGUAGCCUGCAUGAAGAAACCCCUCGUGCCGUAGGUGAGGAAAAUCUUCCUGUGCCGCCAGCUCAGUGCUUCCUGUUUGCUUCAGCUCGUCGGCACUUUAAAUUGUUAGAUGUUAGUCGCUUUGGAGGAAAACUGCUGUGUCCUGUUUGUAUGAAGGGAACAAAAUGUACAAAUAUUUUUUAGGAAGAUGGUCCCAGUAACCAAAGGAUGUACGAAGAAGUAUCUCAAAACUAUUUCAUUUGUAACUCAAAUAUUUGGGAGCGCGUGCGCGCAUAUAUUCAGGAUUUAAGCUCAAAUGAUGCAAAUUUAACUAACAGCAACAUUUCUGUGUGGCACCUUGAAUCGGACGGCACUAAAGAGAGACUCUCCUGAUUCCUUCAUCAUUCCAUGUUUCAUUGUUACACACACAGAUUUCAGGCCUAUAAGGCACAUUUUCUUUAUUCUUUUGUUGUUAUUUUGGGCAUUGUGUGUGUUUUGUAUCCAUUUGUGAGACACUUUGAUUAAGAGAUGAGUAUUUUCAUGAUUUGACUGUAACCUGACAGCAGGAUGCCAACAUUAAGAAGAUGUUGUAAUUUGUUUUUAUAUGUGAAGCCUUGGUCUUCAGUCCAUUUCAAAACAGUAACUUUAUAUUGUGUUUUUGCCAUUCCAGUAUUUAUUUCCUUUGCUAUCGAGCCUAUCUUGGUUCAGAAUGUAACUUUCUACACGGGCAGAGUAUCAUAGGCGGCUAUUGUGAACAGAAUAGUCUAACGAGUUUACAUGAUUGUUAAUAAUGGUUAAAUAAAAUGGAUUAAUGUCA